AUGAAAACCUGCAGGUCUGUAGGGAGAGUUCUCAGACGUUGUGGUUCAGAAGUGGAUCUCAUCCUCAAACCUAGAAAGAUGUCUGUCAGAGAAGCGUCCCUCAUCUUUGAACAUACAACACAACUACACAGUCUGAGUAGUUUGGUGUCUCUGCUGAGACACUGGACAGUCAGGCAAUUAGACCUGACUGAGCUCAGCAUCUCAGCUCUGGAUCUCACUCAACUACUGAAACAUGAUGGACCUCUAAAAAUCAAACUGAGUGAAGAGAGUGUCCAGCAGCUACUGGCCCUCCUCCAUGAAAUCCAGGACCAGGACUUGACCCGGUCCUUCUUGAGUAAGGUUGGUGGAGACCUGACCUCCUGCAGUCUGAACUGGGAGGUUCUUCAGUAUCUGCUGCAGCAGGCGUCAGCUCAGACCAUCACUGUGAACCUGAGGAAGAACUGCUUCUUACAGGAGAGCAUCACACGUCUGCUUCCCUUUCCGGACAGGAUUGUAUUCAAAAGGCCCAGUCCCAGCUUUGUGCUGACCACCAUCAGAGAGAUCUAUAAAGCUCCAACCCGUCACAUUAUACCCAGUUUACUGAGCUCACUGGAUCAUGUGAUCAACUUGACCUGCAGAGAGCUGGACUCAGUGACUAAUCCAGGUUGGAACAAAAAUGUUGACAGGAAUCUGUUGCUGAGGUUGAUUCACUGCUGUGCUGCCUCUGAUGCCCAGCAGGGGGCAGCAUCAGACCUGCUCAGGGCUCUGCAGCACAGGCUGGAUCUGUCCUGCUCCUCCUGUGUGGAGCUGUCAGAAGAGGAUCAGACGGAGCCUCUGAGUCUGACCUUUGCUGACUGCAGGGCCGUCUCCACCAUCCUGAGACACUGCAGCCUCGACACACAGCUGGACCUGAGAGACUGUGAGGUGGAAGACAGCAGUCUGGACCUGCUGCUUCCUGUCCCAGACAGAGUCCGUCUCCGAGCCAGUAAAGCUGUCCUCCUCCAGCUGGUGUCCCUGGUUCCUGGGAGCAGUGAGAGGGAUGCAGUGAGACGGGGAGUGUCCCUGUGUAGAGCCCUGGGUGGAGAGCUGGACCUCAGUCACACCACACUGGAUCAGAGCACCUGUGCAGCUUUGGCCCUGAUGCUGGACUUCUCUGACGGGCUGACAGAGCUGGACCUCAGUCACUGUCAGCUUACUGACCAGCUGCUGCUCACACUCAUCACACAUCUGCACAAAGUACAAGUCCUGGAUCUGAGCCACAAUAAGAUCACGGAUGCUGCCACACACAGGUUACUCCAGCUGGUCUCCAUCAACCCUUCCAUUGAGACUGUGCGACUCUUCAACAACAACAUUGUGGACAGAACUCCCUUUAAGGAAGACAAGCGCUUUGAAAUAUGGUGAACAGUCAUCAGUGUGGUGGUAACGAGGUGAUCAGAGAAUAAUUGACUUCUUGUGAUCAUUGGAUGAAAACCUGUAAGAUGCUGAUACAGUGUGGUAAUCAUGUAUUAUCAGCUGACAUUAGGAAUCUGACUAAAUUCCUAUCUUACAAAUACUGUCUUCAGUCGUUUACAAUAUAGUGACAUUAAGUUUGUCAUGACAAUCUCUGCCAGAAACUGUUUUUAGAUGUAGUUAUUUAAUGUAAUGAUAAAGGAGAGCAGUUACUGUACUGUACUGAGAUACUGUAGAUUAUUCUUUAUGGAGCUGGACAGCCAUCUUCAUGUUUACAUAUCAGAUUGUUGUGUUGAGAUCAUGAUGAAUUUAUUUUUCUAUUGUGUCAAAACAAACGGAAGCUGUAACUUAUUUAUCUUUUUGUAUUUUGUGAGAACUUGAUGAAUGAUUCUGAUGAUAUCUUGAAGUAUUGAUGUUACAAAGGUGCGAUGAAUAGACACCUCAAGAUAACGGUACAUUAUCUCAAGAAUGUGAUCUUAAAAGUGUAAAUAUUAUUUUUAGUUGGUAUUUUAAAUGAGAUAUUGCAAAAGAUAACUUUUAUUUUCUCUUUUUUUUAGCCUUCUGUCAUUAAAGUAUUGAAGUCAAUGUAAAUUUCAGAAGCAGA